CCCAGUCCUUCUUUUGCCUCCAGAUUUCUUUGUAUCCUGCUUCUUUUGGCAGUGACCUUCCGCGUGAACGGCCCCAAUCACCCUGUCACAGCCCUGGUGGGCACGGAUGCGCUGCUCCCCUGUCACCUCUCCCCCAGUGUCAGUGCAGCAGAGAUGGAGGCGCUCUGGUUCCAGUUCAGGUACUCUGAAGUCGUCCAUCUCUACCGGGGCGGAAGAGAUCAGCCAGACAAGCAGAUUGCACAGUAUCGGGGCGGGACGGAGCUGCUGAAGGGCAAUAUCACAGAGGGGAAGGUCUCCUUGAGGAUACGCAACAUCACCCCUUCUGAUGAGGGGCAGUUUGUCUGCUUCUUUCGGUCACCUGCAUUUGAUGGAGAAGCUGUGCUGGAGUUGGAGGUGGCCGGCUUGGGCUCUGCUCCUCACCUCUCCGUCAGUGGCUAUCAAGAUGGAGGGAUCCAGGUGGUUUGUGAAUCGACCGGGUGGUACCCAGAGCCCAAGAUGCUGUGGAAGGAUGUUGGUGGGAAGCAGCUACCAUCAACACAGGACAAAAUACACCAGCAGGCUGAUGGGCUGUUUGCAGCGCACAGUGCCAUCGUGAUAACAGAAGCCACCAACCAAAAUGUGUCCUGUUCUGUCCACCACCCUCUCCUUGACCAAGAGAAAUCUGCACGGAUUAACAUUGCAGGUUCCUUGUUCCUGAGGACCUCUCCAUGGGUUGUGGCACUGAGUGUGAUCCUGGCUAUCGUGUGCAUUUUCCUCCUCUUGUCCACUUAUUACUCAUGGAAGCAACGCAGAGCAAAAGAGCACCUGCAAUCUGAACUUGAGAAAGAGAGAGUGCAAUCCUUGGCUGAUCUCGGCUGGAGUAAAGUCAAAGAAAAUGCAGCACAUGUGACUUUGGAUGCGGACACAGCUCACCCCAGCCUCUGCGUAGCACAGGGGCGGCGACACGUGCGAUGGAGUGGGCACCGGCAGGACCUGCCUGACAAUCCCGAGAGAUUUGACAGUGAAACCUGUGUGCUGGGCUCAGAG